ACUAAGCCGCGUCCACCCAAGUGUUUAAUAAUGCAAUUACGUGCAAUUUUCUGAUCUGAGCAAAGUGGUCUGCUGAAAAGCACGAUGAAUAUCAGAAAUAUCUUUUGCGGAUUACCUUCUCUUCCUCGGACUAUUGUAGCAAUAACUGAGGAAUCUGAGCUCGUCCCAUGUUCAAACAGAGAGGAAAUGGUGGGUGAACAACUCGUAACUUCAUGGAAAUACAUAUGGAAAAUCACCAACUUCAGUAGCUUAAGUUCAGUCAAGUACUACUCUCAAGUAUUCACAGUUGGCGUCCACGACUGGCGCCUGUUGAUCUACCCAAAAGGCAAUAGAGCCAACUCUUUGGCACUAUAUUUGAGUGUUGCCGAUCCUGCAGGACUUCCAGACGGAUGGUCUAGAUUUGCACGGUUCAAAUUGACUCUGGUUAAUCAGAUAAAUCCUGGUUCUUCAAAGAGAAAGGAGACAGAACACAUUUUCACUGCUAGAGAGAGCGAUUGGGGUUUCACAUCCUUUAUUCCGUUGAGAAAGCUUCGUUGCUCGCGUAAUGCGUAUUUAGUAGGCAAUACUCUGAUUGUCGUAGCCCAAAUUUUUGUCACUCCGCCACCGGCUAGUGUUCCCGCGAGUGCUCCUCUGGCAGAGCCUGAACCUAGGGACACUCCCACUGCUAUGGUUACACAGACAGAUUCAAGUACUCUCCCUCCAGCGCUUACAUUGACUGAUACAUUUGAUUUGUAUUUCACGAGUCUUGAGAAACUCCUCAACGAUGCCGAGGAUCGUCCAGGCAAAUUAACGCAGUGCUCCGGUGAUCGAAGGAGUGAUGUCUUGACUUCUGAAGCUCCAAGCUUGGAAGAAGUUGAGAAUGCCAAGCGGUCUCUGAAAGAGUGCCUUUCGGAUAUCUUCAAGUUAAAUGUGAAGGACAGAUUGGCUGAAGCAGUGUCCAUCUUGAGCCUUGCUCAAUGUGGGCUAUCAGCAGACCAGCAAAAGUCGAUCAAAGCAUUUUGGGCCAACUUCGAUGAAUUCACCUCUGAUUUCCUCAUCUUUGAGCAGGACAAUGCUGAAUUUGAGCUGCAAAAAUUGAUAAAGGACCAAAUGUUUUCGACGAUGAAGAAGAAGCACAAGACACAUUUGUCAUUUAAGCAAUUGAUGAGCAACCUCGCCAAGGAAGAGGAAGAGCUUGAGGCAAACAUGGAGGGGGAGCAAGAGUUUAAGGCGAAACUGGAGGGAGUGCAGGGUAAAAGAGAGAAGCUCAUCUCAGAAUGGGAGAUUUUGAUGGUUGAAUCAGAAGAGGCAAAGUCUGGGUACAAAGCUCAAAAGAAGAAAGUAGAAGAGGCAGAGGAAAAGAAAAGAAUAGCUGAGGAAAGAAUGUCUAGAUCAGCAACUGCUUGGUCCAACUUAAAGGCUCUAUUUUGUUAAGCCUGUGACCUGUGCGUAUGUACAAAGACGGGGUAGCCAUCAAAAAAGUUUUAUAAACCUUUCAAUUUUAUCCA